AUUUAUUAGGAGCAAGAUCUUGAAUUUCAUCGUCUUGACGUGAAAGCAAGCUCUUGAGAAAUGAUAGGCAGAACGGCUUUACGCCUUUUCCUCGGUCGUCAUAGCACCCGCCGGUCAGCGUACUCUACUAAAACGGCUCAUAAAAUUGGAAUCAUCGGCUUAGGAAAUGUCGGCUCAACAGUCGCAAAGAACCUUCUUAAGUCAGGUUUCACAGUGUCCGCCUUACUCGACAAGGAUCCAAAAGUGGGGCAAGAUCUACCUGGGGAUAUACCACGCCCAAAGACACCACGUGAGCUGGCUGCCAUGUGUGACGUAGUCACAACAGCUCUCCCUGCCCCACCCCAUGUUAAACAAGUCCUGUUGGGAGAGGACGGGGUAUUGGCAGGGCUGCGGUCAGGAGGGGUAUGGAUUGACCAUUCAACCACGGAUUAUCAGCAGACUUUGGACCUUACUGCAGAAGCUGCUAAGAAAGGCAUCAAAGUUCUUGAGGCGCCCGUCACAGGAGGUAUGGCUCUUCUCAAGCAAGGUAAAAUGACUGUACUGGUCGGAGGAGACAGGCAACUCUUCGAAGACUGCCUUCCUAUUCUACAACAGAGCGGUAAGAAAGUGCUGUACAUGGGAGCGAUGGGGAGCGCUACCAUUGCAAAGGUUGUCUCUAACAUGAUAGCUGCUGUUAAUGUCGUUACCAUGACCGAAGCCAUGUUACUGGGGAAAAGGGGCGGUGUCGAUUUAAAAUCCCUUUUUGAUGCCAUUAGAUUUAGCGCUGGAAAUACGUAUACGUGGGAGACGGAAGCUCCUUUGGUAUUCAAUGGAACGUACGAUCCAGAUUUCACCAUUGGGCUCCACUGCAAGGACUUGAAUCUUGGGUACCAGCUCGGACGUAAGUUUAAUGUCCCCAUACAGAUACUUGCCCACGCAGAACAGAUCUACAACCGCGCCCUUUACAAGUUUGGGGAUGAGGUAGGCUCAACAUCCCCUGCAAAGCUUCUGCAAGACGAAUUAGAAGAAACUUUGCAGGUUGAAGGAUUCGAGGAUUGGACGUAUACUAUUGAACAUGUUGAAGACUCCAUGGCCGUUGUGCACACAACAAAAGAGAAGGUUUACGGACAGAAGUGAAGCACAGUCAAUGUGCAGUUCAACAAAGUGGAAACUCUGACAAUUCAAUAAUUUUUUUCUUUGUAUAACGUUAGCUCGCUUGGUAUUUUUAGCAUAAAUAAAUUUUGUAAAGGUUUGAAGUUUGCUCCAU